AGCAACAAAUGCCUCGUUUGCACACGCCCCGUCUACGCCAUGGAAAAGGUCGAGGCUGACGGCAUGCUCUUUCACAAGUGGUGCUUCCGGUGUGCCGAGUGCAACUGCAAGGUGAACACGGGCAACUACGCCGCUCUAGAAGGCAAAAUCUACUGCAAGGCUCACUUCAAACAGCUUUUCAAGCUUCGUGGCCGCUACACCUUUGAGGAGGGACGCCCCGACGUGAGCGUCUAA